GAUCAUCACUGAGGGAAUAUAGAAAUCCUCUUUAUUAACUUUAUCUGUGGAUUAAACGGAGCGGCAGAAGCGAUGCAGCAGGCCAGCACAGACACCACAGACUCCGCCGAUGUGUUCAUGAAGCGUCGGCGGACGGCCCUCUGGUGCUCCGUGUCUCUGUUCGCUCUCUCCGCUCUGGUUCUGGUGGUCGGGCUCCUGUCCGCCACACACACUGAUAAUGUGGCUGUUUCUGGAUACUAUCCUGGGAUUAUACUGAGUUUUGGAUCGUUCCUGGGUGUGGUUGGUCUGAAUCUGGUGGAGAACCGCAGGCCGAUGCUGGUGGCCUCCAUCAUCUUCAUCAGUCUCGGGGUGGUGUCGUGUUUUCUCUGCUCCAUCAUCGAUGGCAUCAUCGCUGCUGAAUUCAUUGACAAGCGGCCGCUGAUGGAGGGUCGCUGUGAGUUUUUCUCCAGUUCCUCCUCCCACUCCUAUGAGAACUACUACACAGAGGUUCACUGUCAGUCCUAUGGUAAUCAGUGUAAACUGAAGGUGAAGAGCAACACCUGCUACUGCUGUGAUUUAUUCCACUGUGACAGUGUGGACUAUAACAUGCAUUAUUAUCAGUUCACGGGUGUGAGCAGUUGUUUUGAUGUGGUGAAUCUGUACCGGCUGAUGUGGGCCUGUGUGGCGCUCAAUGUUCUGGGUGUGUUUCUGGGCAUCAUCACCGCUGCCGUACUGGGGGCCUUCAAAGACCUGGCUCCUGCAGCUCGCAGUCACAUGACCCCGAGUCCAGCUCCGCCCCCUCAUAUCCUCUAUAACCCCACCCAACACCUGAUCACCUACAGCGGCUUCUGCCCACCUGGACAAACUCUACCCGCUUACCCAAACUACCCACUGCCCAUGCAGCAUGUGAACGGUUUUGCAGCUCCUGUUUCUGAGAGCUCCUCCACGUCUCCUCCUGAGGAUCCUCCAUCUGCCGCUCAGAGCUCCUCCAACCCGCCACCGGCAGCUCAGACACCAGACUGCAGACCAGACCACAGCGCUGCAUACAUGCUGACUCCAAAUGCUCCCUCGCUCUACGCUCACUCACUAGGGCCCUUCGAGAAGCCCCCACCCUACGCCUGCUAAACACACCUGACCUCUUACCCCCAGGGGUCGUCCGGCCUGCUGUCGCUGCUAAUAACCGUAGCAAUGUGACCAAUGUCCUUCUCUGGUAGUUUCCUAAAACCUCUGGACCUCAGCUUUUACUUCCUCUUCCUGUGCUGGACUGAAGCGUGCUGCUGUAUUAGUUGUGUGUACUACUGAGUGCUCGACUGAGCUGUAGUGUGCUUACUGUGCUCAUGCCCUACUGAGAACACUAGGUUCUGCUGAGGGGAAUACAGUCAGGGUUAUAGACAGCUGUUGUGUGUUAUUGGUUGGUUAAAGGUUGAUCAAAAUUAGCAACAGUUUAGGUGUAUGGGUUGGUUAAAUCAGUGUGUUUAGUGGCAUUGGUAGGUUGAAGACUGGUUAAGGAACAAGUUUAGGUGUAUGGGUUGGUUAAAGUGUUGGAUAAAAUUAGGGACAGGAUUAGUAGUAUCCAUAGGCGGAGGGUGAACAAACUCCAGGGUAAGGCUAAUAUAUGCGCUGUGGACCUCAGAGCCUACUCUUAAACUAAGUGUAUAACAGCUAGUUUCUUAUAUUUAUGAUCUCUGGUAAUAUAGUAAUUUAUUUAACGAGUGACAUUUGAGUCUCCAACCCUUUUGAAAAAAUAAAUAAAUUGCAAAAAUGUGUGAAGGAUCCGAAAUCAUUCACUUUACCACGAGGCCAAUCGAAAACUGAACCUGUAAUUCAGCAAUAAAUAUAUAAAACUAAGCACUUUUAAACUGUGAUUGGGAUACUGAAUUUAUUCCACAUAAACUUACAUCACCUAGGUGUUUAUUUGCAUUAUCCCGGGCUGUGGUAAACUUAUUGGUAAUUAAAUUAGAGGCAACCAUUGCAGAGUAAAGGUGAUCCAGUAGCCAUUAGCUAGCGUGAGUAAUUGUUUGUUUAAAUUAGAUUCAUAUUAUUCAAAAUACAAAUUAAAAUAUAAUUAAAAAUCUUGACUUCCCAUCACCCCUGUAGAAAACAGCAGAAUUAAAAUGCUAAACAAGAUUACUAGACUAGGCUGGAAUACUACGUUACAAUGAAACAACCAAAAUAAGGCAUUUCAGUUAAUUCUGAAAACAAGUUAAACCAGUGUAUUAUAUUAUUAUACCCUCUCGUAAUACUCAUUUGUCAUUUUAUUACUGAUGUCCUUGACCAGUAAAUCAGAAUAGUCCGCUGGCCAGCACGUUUGGUUUGGUUUCGGAGCAGCUGUGAACUCCAGUAAUAAACAGCCCUCAUCAGUGCAACAUGCGGGGUUGGACAGUUCCAUUUCUGUGUGGAGGGGGACUUUAAAUUUGAUUGACAAAUUUACAAUAGCUAAAGUGAUGUGUUAAUCAUCAACAUUACAUUACAUUCAUAUUACGUCUCACACCUGUUACAUGUUUUCAAUGCAGUUUUUUCUGUGCUGCUAUCUCCAUGGUCUCUGGCUAAGCCUUCCCCAGCCUUACACACGCUCCGCCUAUGGUAGUAUCGGUAGGUAAGUGCUGAGGUUAUGUAAAAGGCUUACUUGUAUGGGUAGCUUAAGGGCUGAUUAAGGAACAGAUUAGAGGUAUGGGUAGGUUAUGGGCCAGUUUAGAGGUAUGGGUGAUUUAGGGACUAGUUUUGAUGUAUAGGUAGGUUAGGGACCAGUUUAGAGGUAUGGGCGAUUUAGUUACCAGGUUAGAGGUUUGUGUUGGUUAGGGACUAGUUUAGAUGUAUGGGUAGGUUAGGGACCAGUUUAGAUAUAUGGGUAGUUUGGGACCAGGCUAGAAGUAAGGGAAGGUUAGCGGCCAGUUUAGAGGUAUGGGUGAUUUAAGGACCUGUUUAGAGGUAUGGGUAGGUUAGGGGUCAGUGUAGAGGUAUGUGUAGGUUAGGGGCCAGUAUAGAGGCAUGGGUAGGUUAGGGGCCAGUAUAGAGGUAUGGGUAGGUUAGGGGCCAGUUUAGAGCUAUGGGUAGACCAGUGACCAGUUUAGAGGUUUGGGUGGGUUAGGGGCCAGUUUAGAGGCAUUGGUAGGAAAGGGGCCAUUUUAGAGGUAUGGGUGAUUUAAGGACCUGUUUAGAGGUAUGGGUAGGUUAGGUACCAGUUUAGAGGUAUGGGUAAGUUAGGGGCCAAUUUAGAGCUAUGGGUAGACCAGUGACCAGUUUAGAGGUAUGGGUAGGUUAGGGGCCAGUCUAGUGGUAUGGGUAGGUUAGGGGCCAGUUUAGAGCUAUGGGUAGGUUAGGGGCCAGUUUAGAGCUAUGGGUAGACCAGUGACCAGUUUAGAGGUUUGGGUGGGUUAGGGGCCAGUUUAGAGCUAUGGGUAGACCAGUGACCAGUUUAGAGGUAUGGGUAGGUUAGGGGCCAGUCUAGUGGCAUGGGUAGGUUAGGGGCCAGUUUAGAGCUAUGGGUAGACCAGUGACCAGUUUAGAGGUAUGGGUAGGUUAGGGGCCAGUCUAGUGGCAUGGGUAGGUUAGGGGCCAGUUUAGAGCUAUGGGUAGACCAGUGACCAGUUUAGAGGCAUGGGUAGGUUAGGGGCCAGUUUAGAGCUAUGGGUAGACCAGUUUAGAGUUAUGGGUAGGUUAGGAGCCAGUUUAGAGGUAUGGGUAGGUUAAGGGCAGGGUAAGGACCAGUUUAGAGUUAUGGGUAGGUUAUUGACCAGUGUAGAGGUAUGGGUAGGUUAGGUUAGUGGUAUGGAUAGAUAGACGAUUGGUUGAGUUAAGGAACAGAGUUAGUGGUAUGGGCAGGAUAAGGGUUACAGGUUUAGAUAUAUGGCCGAGUUAAAGGGCUGAGUAAAGUUAAGAAUAGGCCAGGUAUGGAUGAGUUUGGUGGUUUAGGGCCAGGUUAGCUGGUAUAGGUAAGUUGAUAGGAGGGCUAAUGUAUAGAUAUAAUUAUAGAUGUUAGUACAGUAUUUUUAAUGCAAUAACAAAGUUGUUUUUAUACAUACAAUCAGUUUAUUGUAUCAAUUUAAAUGUUAAUCAAAACUCCUGCCAGGAAGUAUGAUUGACUGAUCCAGAUCAGAAUAAAACAAACAAGAUCCACUGGUUAAUUUAGUCAUCAGAUCAGAUUAGUGAAUCAUGACUAUAUCAGACUCCUGAAUAACAUCUGCAUUAAUAACCCAUGUGAACAAAACUCUUACUGCACUGUAUUAAUAACACAUGAUGUACAGCAGAUCCAGAAGCCAGAUUCACUAAACAUUACCCAUUCAUCUGCCAGUUUCUUUUCUUUCUAAAGUAUAUAUUUAAAAAACUCUUGUAGGUCUUGUGUUUUUUUUGUUUUUUUGCCACCAUAAAGGUCUUCAAGGUUUCAGGUUUAGAAACUUAUUUUCAGUGAUUCUGCAAGGAACAGUGUAGGGUUUUUUAAAGCGUAAAACGAACAACAGAGAAACACAUUCAGGAAUCUUUAGUUUUUUAUUUUUCUGUCGUUAUUUCAUAACAGUUUUAGUGAAGAAAAAAUUCCUUGUGUGACUGUUCUCUGCUUUGAAUUCCUGAAAACAAUAAAUCAAAGCUAAAAUCCUCUAGAUUUAGAAAUACUUGUUGAAAUGAACAACAAACCCUUUCCCCUGUGCAAAUGAGUGUUUUCAGUCUUUUUCUGUCUGUCUUGUUUACUGCACAAACCCACCACUUGUCUAAUAAAAUGUGUUCAUAGUUUCA